CUUUUUAAGUUUGGAAGGUUAGGGGUUUUGUUUUAUUUUUGAUUUUGUGCGUGUUUUUUCAUUGCGUUGUGUUUAUUAAUUAUGAAUUUUUCACUUCUAGCUUGUAGUGAAUGCAGUUGAGCCAACAGCCGCUCAGAUGUUGUUGGAAAGUGUUAAAGAGCUUUUCAAGGAUAAAACCACUUCUUCGGUGAAGGGGAAAAGGAAGUUGUCACUGAGUUCUUCGAAACGGGUUUGGAAUGUGAAGGAGAAGCAAGUGAAUAUACGAGAUGCGUUGGGGAAGAUGAAAGCUGAGGGGAUGGCAUCUGGAAGUGAGAAGUUGUCCGGGGAUAAGAGGGUUGAGAAGGGCAGUGUGAAAUUAGCUGAUAAUCUGGUGGGUCGUAGAGGCAAGAAGGAGAGUGUGGCAACUAAGGGUUGUGAUCACCUGAAUAUAGUGGAGGAGAUUAAAGAGAUCAAGGAAAAACAGGCGGCGCGAGACAUGAAGCUUGAUGAAAUUUUAGGCAUUCUUCGACAAAAAACUGCGUGUGUUGAAGCUGGUUCAGCGUCGGGGAAAGGGUCAUUGAUGGGAGGCAAUGAGGAAGUGAAGAUCCAAGUGGCAGGACCAUCUGGUGCGGGGAAUACAUAUGGUGGAGUUAAAUGUGGGGAUGAUCUCGAGUUGAGUUUUGAUUCCGGUGGUCCAUCGUUUGAUCUUCUGACCCAAAUGCCGAAAGUUGAUGCGAUUGGUGAUGACAUGCCAAAUGACAAAACUGGUAAUGUAUCGGUGGCAGAAGCGUGUGAUUAUGCAAAGCAGGGGAAGUGUUUAGAGAUUCCCUACAUUGAGACACAAUACGAUCCCCACGACCUCGAGCUUAUUGACAGGGAAACCGAAAUGAUGCUUAUUUCUUUACAGAAUGCUAGAAGUGUAAAGUGUUGAAUUCAUACACUUUUGUUUUUUUUAUGCCAAGUAACGGAUUGUGAAUUUUGGCAGAAUGAUAUUUGAAUUGUAAUUGGUUUGGAAUGGCAGGUUGUUUCGGUUUCGUGUGAACGGGUUGAGGUGCAGUGUGCGGAGGAUGGAAAAUGCUAGAAAAGUGUAGAUGGUGGUGAGCCUGACAAGAAAUGUGGAGACAUUACAAUGCCAAAUGCUGUGCAAGUACCGGUAAACGUUGAUGUUGCAUUUGGGGUUGGUCAUGUAUGUACAUAUAUUUGGGAAAUGAAUAAUAAGUACCCUU